AUGCAGUGUCUUACAGGUUCGGCAGUAGCUCUUCAGAGCGAGUGGCCUCCGAAGUGGCGAUGGCGCGCCGUGAUUGGGCUCGUGUUUGCGGUUGUCCAGAGCCUGACCUCCAUUCCUUCGCACGCGCAGCCAUGGUGCAAGUUUGACCUGUCCGUAACCGGUGAAGAAGCACGAAAACGCAACUGUGGAUUCGUCUGCCCAAACCCAUGGGGCGCCGAGGAUCCUCAUGCGUGCGGCGACCCGCACCCGUGCUGCUGUGCGCCUGUGUGCGAUAAGAAGGAGGCAGCAAAACACGCGUUCAUAGGCAUCAACUGGUCAGACAAGUACUCGAAGCUGAAGCUAAGUCGAGAGCGGAUGUUUGACAUUCUUAAGCACAACGGCUUCUCACAUAUCAAGCUUUUCUCGCCGGAUGGUCUUGCAUCUAUUCUCAGGGUUUACGGCUCCGAUGUGCACGUGUAUGUCGCUCUGCCAAACCGGAUGCUCACACAUCUUGCCAGCGAUGAAGCGUAUACUCUGCGAGUUAUCCAGCGCCAGAUUCAACCGUACGCACACGUAAUUCGUCUGCUGAUCAUAGGCAACGAACCUCUCAUCUGUAUCAGAACAGCCGAGUGGGCUGCGAAGCAAGAAUGUGGUUCUCUAAACAUCCCUGCGAAGCUUCUCCCGGCGAUGAGGAAUGCGAAAAAGGCGCUCAGCAAGCUCGGCCUGGGGAAAAUGCCCGUGACCACGGCGUUCAAUGGGGGCAUAUUGGAGAUGUCAAGAAAUCCCUGGACACCCUGCAUUUCUGAUUAUCGUGACGUCGUGAAACCAAUUCUGCGGGAAGUGUGGACAUUUCUAGGACAACAAAGCCCUGCGGCUCCGUUCAUUGUGAACAUCUACUCUUGGUUCGCCGCCAUGGGAGGACACCUCACACCCGAUGUUUCUGUCGGAGUGCCAUCGGAGUCUGGACGUAUACCGAAUGACGGCGUAUACCAAUAUUACUUCAACUUUGACAUGCAAGUGGAGAUGCAGCGGGUUGCAAUGUGCAAGAACAACGUGUCGCACCUGGAUUUGUGGAUUGGAGAGACAGGCUGGCCAUCGGCAGACAGCCCGCGUGCAACUCUUACGAAUGCGUUCUACUAUACAAAACAUGCCGUAAUGCGUGCGCAAGGCAUGACGCUGCACAACUCUACGUUGGACACAAUUCGAACGCGAGGGCUCGCCUACCCAGUUUUCCUCUUCGAGGCCUUCGAUGAAAUGUUCAAGUUCGAGAUUGAGCACGGGAACAAAUUCGAGAACAACUUCGGCCUCUUCUAUGAGAAUGGACUUCCGAAGUGGGCUACCCCUGACGGCCUCCUCAGUAUCCCCUUGCCGAGAGACCCAGGAAAUUCUACAGAGCCCGAAGGUCAUACAAGCAGCACCAAGCCACGCGUCUCGCCUCGGCGACUAGGUGACGACUUCUGA